AUGGCAGCUGCAGCCGAGUCACUUACACUGGCUCGGCAGGCCUCGGCAGCCUCCCGUGCCAACCUCUUUGCUCGUCGCCCCGUCCUGGGCCAUGGCCGCUGGCAGCCUGCUGCUGCUGCGCCGGCGCACGUUGUUGGCGCCGACCCGGCCCGGGCCACCCGUCCGCCAAGCCCGCCUCGCUUGGGCGCCUCACCACUGCCGCACCCACUCCGUCCGCCUCCGCAGCAUGCGCCCGUCUAUGCCUCCGGCCCUUCUUCCCGCCACAUGCCCGACCCACUUCUCCGUCUCCGCUCCUCUCCGCCACCCCGCCCACGCUCGCUGCCGUUGGAGCCCGACCAGCAGCGCUCGUCGCUGCGAUUGUCGCCGGACCAUCGCGGCUCCCCGCCGUAUCCCCGCUCGUCGCCGCGGGUCCACUCGCUGCGCCGUGCGCGGGUCUCUUUUGCAGAGCAUGAUUCACCCCUGCUCUCGCCGUCGCGGCCGCUGGCCUCGCCGCCCCUGGCUCCUCCACCGCGCGCUGCGGUUGCGUUGGCGCUCUCGGAUCUUGAUGUCCCGGCACCGGCACUUGCCCGUACUGGUGCGCCCUCCUCGAUCUUCCCGCCGCGCCACCGUCUGAUGACCGACGACGCCCGCGCUAGCUCUGUACCGCUUAUGGACUGGAACGGCGACGCCCCGCCGACACUGGCUGGUGACGGCGGCUUGCGCGAGUUGACUUCGUACGAGCGUGAGGUUCGCGCAUCAACGGUUUCGCCCCCGCAAGUUGACGUUGCUCCACUGCAGAUGGAGCUCUCGGGCCUUGGCGUCGGCCAUGCGCCCACGCUCUCGACAUGGGCGUCUCCCGUCUCUUCUGCAGCUCCGGCAGAGGCGACGCCGGAGCCGCUGGGCUUGGCAGACUACAGCCCUCCGGCGCGUAUUGAGCUUGCGCCUGUCCGCGGCUCAGCGUCGCCGUCGACCCACUCGAAAGCAUCUACUUUUGCGCUCUCACCGGCUCGGGUUGCCGAGGUCGCUGCCUCGCCGCUGCCGUCACUGUCGGCGCUUGCGAUGGCGACUUCACUCGACGAAUGGUCGAGUCUCGAGCCUGAGCUUGAGCCAACGUCUGAGGAGCGUGAAAUCGCCGCUGCAAGCGAGGCCGAGACUUUGUUUGUCGAUGCUGUGGCCGAGCCCGAGCCCGCCCCUUUGCCCGCGGCCGAGCCCGAGCCAUUUGCUCCCAACACCCGCGCACUCUUUGACUUUGCCGAUCUCAACCCGAUGCACCUUGACUUUGUCGAAGGCGAGCCGCUGCAUGUACUCGAUGACAGUGGUAAGUGGUGGAUUGCCCGCAACACCCACGGAUCCGAGGGUCUAGUCCCGUCCAACUACCCUGCUGCUGUGACCCAGGCCGUGGCUGCAGUCUCGCCGACUUCUGCUGCCAACAGCGCCGAUGUCGAGAGCAGCGCCGUCGAUGCUGCUGAUGCUAGCGUUGACGCCCUGGCAGAGACCGGAGCCUCUGGCGACGAUGCGACCGAGCUGGAGGAUGAGUUCUACAUCGAAUCCGAGGUCGAGGCUGCUGCACCUGCUGCGGUAGCGACCGCAGCAGAUGCCACCGGGGCUGAGGCUGAGGCUGCGGCUGAAGUCGAGGCUGAUAUUCACACACGGUCGCGGGCGGCCAGCGAGACGGCACCUACAGCGCCCAAGGUGCCCAAGCGGACAUCACGGUACACCAAGGACGACGCCAUUAUGCUUGUGCAGGCGCUGUGCGGAUACGCCGACCCGUCUGUUCAUCGACUCGACUUUGAGGCCGGCGAGGUGCUGUACGUGCUGGAGCAGUCGUCGAACUGGUGGCACGCCAUGAACGAAGACGGCGCCGAGGGCCUUAUCCCGUCGAACUUUGUGCUCGAGUGCCCGGCGCCGCCGGUGGUGACUGACCCGCCUGGACCGACAACUCCAAACAGCCCGGACACUGUUCAAGAGGCUGCCGAGCUCCUCGAGGCUGCGCCUGCCCCUCCAGUGUUUUCGCUGUCAGACGCGGACGACAUUCACGUCCUUGACAUCGACGCCUUUGAUCUAUCCAACUUUCAAGCUCCGCCGCCUCCACAAGCCAGUUUGGAGCAGCUCGAUGCGUCAGCACCCGAGCUGGCUGCGCACGCAAGUGGCGAUGCACCGCCGCCACCGGAUGUUGCUGUUGCGGAGAUGAGAGUGCCCCACGAGACCGAGCCCGAGCUCAAGGCCGAAGCUGAGGCAAAGGUUGAGGCUGAGCCCGAGCCCAAGGCCGAAGCUGAGGCAAAGGUUGAGGCUGAGCCCGAGCCCAAGCCCAAACCCAAGGAGCCCCGAUAUGUGCAAGCGCUGCAUCGGUUCGAGGAUGACAACCCGCGGCGUCUGGACUUUGAGGCGGGCGAGAUUCUGGAGGUGCUUCAGGCGCGCGGUAACUGGUGGGAGGCUCGGACAGUGCUCGGCGACAUCGGCCUCCUGCCGUCCAACUUUGUGCAGAUCAUCGACGCUGCUGACGGCGCCAGGCUUUUCCACGCGCAAGUGCGCGGGUCGGAAAGCGACACCGAGUCUGCAGUUGUCGACGACGCAGUCGCCGACCUGCUGGAGAGCGGGGGAGAAGAUGAUGCGGCGCACUCGCUCAACGACUCGGGUGCGAUGUUCCAAGAGAUCGUGGCAGCACCCGAUGAGGAGCUCGAGGCUCCUGCUGGAGUUGAAUCUUCUGCGAUGGUGUUCUCUGACGAAGACUCGGUGUCGACGGUUGCCGAAGACGAGGCUGACCCCGCUGUUGUCGAACCCGUCGCGGCGGACGCCGCUGUGCAUGCAGCAACCGUCGAGCUUGCCACCUCCAGCGACGAUGAUUCAGCCGACGUUGAAGCCUCGGCGCCGGCAGUUGCGGAGGACGAGGCUGACCCCGCUGUUGUUGAACCCGUCGUAGUCGCAUCUGCCAGCGAUGAUGACUCGGCAUCGACAGUUGCGGAGGACGAGGCUGAAUCCGCUGUCGUUGAACCCGUCGUGGCGGACGCCGCUGUUGACGACGAUUCGGCGUCGACAGUUGCGGAAGAUGAGGCUGACCCCGCUGUCGUUGAACCCGUCGUAGUCGCAUCUGCCAGCGACGAUGACUCGGCGACGACAGUUACGGAGGACGAGGCUGACCCCGCUGUCGUUGAAUCCGUCGUAGUCGCAUCUGCCAGCGACAAUGUCUCGGCAUCGACGGUUGCGGAGGACACGGCUGAAUCCGCUGUCGUUGAACCCGUCGUGGCGGACGCCGCUGUUCAUGCAGUAACCGCCGAGCUUGCCACCUCCAGCGACGAUGAUUCAGCGUCAACAGUUGCGGAAGAUGAGGCCGAUGUCGCGGUUGUCGAGCCCGUCGUGGCGGUCGCUGCUGUGCCAGUGGCCGUGGAGUCCGCCACCUCCAGCGACGAUAACUCGGCAUCGACAGUUGCGGAGGACGAGGAUGACCCCGCUGUCGUUGAACCCGUCGUAGUCGCAUCUGCCAGCGACGAUGACUCGGCAUCGACGGUUGCGGAGGACGAGGCUGAAUCCGCUGUCGUUGAACCCGUCGUGGCGGACGCCGCUGUUCAUGCAGUAACCGCCGAGCUUGCCACCUCCAGCGACGAUGAUUCAGCGUCAACAGUUGCGGAAGAUGAGGCCGAUGUCGCGGUUGUCGAGCCCGUCGUGGCGGUCGCUGCUGUGCCAGUGGCCGUGGAGCCCGCCACCUCCAGUGACGUUGAAGACUCGGCGCCGGCAGUUGCGGAGGACGAGGCUGACCCCGCUGUCGUUGAACCCGUCGUGGGGACGCCGCUGUGCAUGCACGACGAUGACUCGGCGCCGGCAGUUGCGGAGAACGAGACAGCUAUAGCCGUUGUAGUGCCUGCGGCAACCAUCGAGCCCGCCACCUCCAGCGACAGCGAUUCGGCGUCGACAGAUUCCGAGGACGAGGCUGAUCCCGCUGUCGUUGAGCCCGUCGUAGUCGCAUCUACCAGCGACAACGAUUCGGCGCCGGCAGUUGCUGAGAACGAGACAGCUGCAGCUGUUGUAGUGCCUACGGCCGCCGUCGAACCAGCCUCCUCGAGCGACGACGAUUCGGUGUCAACAGAUUCUGAGGACGAGGCGGCAGCAGCUGCCGAGCCGGCUGUGGUGCCCGUGGUCGCGACCGGAUCCGCCACCUCCAGCGACGACGACUCGGCGUCGACGUUCGCGGUGGACACGGCUGAUCCCGCUGUCGUCGAGCCCGUCGUCGCUGAGGCCGCCGUGGCGACUACCCAACCCGUCACCAACAGCGACAACAACGACUUGCCAUCGUCGGCUGCAGAGGCCAGCGAAAACGGAACUGCCGUCGACGACGGUGUUGCCCACUCGCCAACGUACGCCAGCGCUUCUCACGACUUUUCUGAUCCCAACCCUCGUCGUCUCGACUUUGCCAAAGGCACCAUCUUUCGCAUCCACGUCACAGAGGGCAACUGGUGGGACGCGAGCACGCCCAAUGGCGCCCGCGGCCUUGUCCCGUCCAACUACCUCGAGGAGAUUGACCAAGCUGACGGCGCCGCCGCCUUUGCCACCCCUCGCCCACUGUCCAACACCGACGAGCUCGCCGCCGACGCCAUCGCCCUAGUUGCCGAGCUCGACAGCCUCUGGCCGUCCGACGACGACGAGGCCGAGGUCGCUGCCAAAGCUGCCACUCCUGCACACGAGACACAGGUGCCUCCCCACAAAGCCGCCGAGCUCAUCCAGCUCGACUCGACGACCGAAGACCCGCCGUCGCCAUCAGCCCUCAACCGCUCCAUCUCGUUUGCCGACAACAACGAGUACUUUGAGUAUCCGCGCCCGUUUUCCUACACCACCGAGUCGGACUCGAACUCGGGCUCGGGAUUUUCCGACUCCUCAUCCUCUUCGUCGUCGUCCCCGUCGUCCUCGUCCGAGCCCGAGGACUUUUCGCGCUUCAACCACAUCUCUGACGCCGACCUCGACGCCUCAAUUGCCACUCUCAAGGACGACAUUGCCAAGGCCAAGGCUGCUGGCGCCGACCUCGACCUCGUCGACGAUCUGUACGACGAGUACAUGGCGCGUCGCCGCGCCCGCGCUGCUCGCUCCUGAUCUCUGGCCAGUAAAUUCAUUAUCC